CAAUGUUUCCAACAACUCCUGAUCUCCAUUUUCCCACCAACCGCACCUUCUCUUCAAAUAACGAAUAUUACAGGGCUUUUGUCUGAGUUUUAGAAUUUGAUUCUCAGAACUAAAGCCUCUUUUGCCCAGAUGGCAACUGCUCUACAGUCAUCCACACGAACUGCUCCUGUUGCUUUCUCCCGACAAUUCACCGGUUUUUCUUCCAGUUCCCGCGGCUCUGGAUCUGUUUCUUUCCCCCACAAUAUCUCAAUCAAUGCAAUUGAACUUCUUGGUUAUUCAAGUGAGGUCUAUAGCAGUAAAUUUGAGCGUUGAAUUUUUUUUUUUUUUUUUCUUUUGGGAGGGUUAGUUGGGUUGGGAUUUAAAUAUGAAUGUUGGGUUGUUUGGAUGUGCUCUCAAGAAUUUACUUUUCGUUGAUAUCAAGUCUAAAUUUCAAUUCUUUAUGUUGAUCUUAAUGGAGUUUUCUGUUUCUGUAUUUCUAUUCUCCAUUUUGUGGUGUCCUUAAGUUGUUGUAUCAACUGUUUGUUAUGUAGUUUACUGGCACUUUAUGUUAGGAAUUCAGCACCUAAAUAGGAUACAAUUUUUCCUGAAAGACUGGGUUCUAGUCUAAAUCAAAAGGGAUUAUGGGAGGAACAUUGGAGAGAAGUUAUCUUAAGACAAAUGCAAUAAAACGAAUAACUUUUUCAAUAGUGUUCUCAAAUUAUUUUGUUAAGUUUUUACGGGUUGUUCAAAGAGAUUCUUGUUCUGGCAAUAAAAAGUAUGAAUGGUA